AUGUCGGCAAAACUUCAGGCCGAUGCUGCAUCCGAGACCACAAUUCCAGGCUUCUUGCGUCGGCAACGCGUGGCGCCCACGCCUUUACCCUCCGACUUGCGUCUCACAGACCAAACCGCCAUCGUCACGGGAAGCAAUGUAGGCCUCGGUCUGUCGGCCUCCCGGCAGCUGCUGGAACUCGGGCUCUCCCAUCUGGUCAUGGGCGUGCGUUCCCAGGCCAAAGGCGACGCAGCAGCGAGCCAGCUGCGCAAAGACUUCCCCGACUCCCAGGUGUCCGUCUGGGUUCUUGACAUGGAAUCGUACGAAUCCAUCCGCCAAUUCACCGACCGGUGUGCAUCCUUGUCGCGCCUUGAGAUCGUCAUCCUCAACGCCGGGCUGAUGAUGACUUCAUACACACCCGUUGCGGGCACCGGCCACGAGAGUACAUUUCAGGUCAACUAUCUCUCGACGGUGUAUCUGUCUCUGCUUCUCGUUCCCAUCCUCAAGUCUAAGAAGAUCCCCGGCGCCUCUAGACCGCCCGUGCUCAGCAUCGUGGGGUCCGAUUCGGCGUACAUGACCUCACUGAAGACAACGAACCCGGUACUGCCGCAGUGUGAUGACCCCAAGGAAUUCGGGGUUCAGCACGCGUACAUGAGGUCGAAGCUGCUGCUCAUGUUUUUCGUUGCUAAGCUCGCCGAGCUUGUCGACCCGAGCGAUGUCCUGAUCAACGUAUCGAAUCCCGGUUUGACUAAAGGCACAGCCUUUGGUGACAAACACCCCUAUCUACUACAGAAGAUCUUUGGCGUUGUUCAGUACUUCAUAGCGAGACCGCUCGAUGUUGGUGCUUCUGUGUACCUCGACGCGGUUUUGGUCCAAGGCGUCGAGAGCCACGGAAGUUUCAUCAGCGAAUGGACAAUUAAGCCAUUCCCACCAAUUUGGUACACGGAAGAAGGGCGAGAGCUUGGGGAAAGACUAGUAGAGGAGACGAUGAAGGAGUUGAAGCCUACUGGCGCCUCGUUACCUUGA